AUGGCUGAAUUACAGAAAAUUAGCCCUGAAAUGACCACUUAUCUUUUGGAAGCAAAACCAGAAAAAUGGGCUCGGCCAUUCUUUCCAACGAAGAGGUAUAACAUUCUUACAAGUAACAUUGCCGAAUCUAUAAAUGCAGCAAUUGUGCAUGCGAGAGAAUUGCCUAUAACGUCGUUAAUAGAAGCUAUAAGAGAGAUGCUUCAAAGAUGGUUUUCAACAAGAAAAGAAGCAGCAAUCAACCAAUUUGUUGAGGUGACAAAAUGGGCAAAUGAUGAAAUGGAGAUCAAACUUUAUGUGGCAUUUCGAAUGAAGGUGGAUGCAAUUGAUGCAAUGAAAUCUAGUGUCACAUAUGGUGAUCGAGUGUUUGUUGUCGACUUGGAACAACAUAUGUGCACAAGUAAUGAAUUUCAACUAGAGGGAAUUCCAUGUGCACAUGCUAUUGCAACAAUUGAAAGCAAGUACUUGGACAAGUACAAAUUUUGCUCAAAUUGGUAUAAAAAUUCUGUUUUGAAAGAGACAUAUGCAUGA